AUGAACAAGUGGGUUGUGAAAGAGUUUAUGGCUGAUCAUAAUCAUCCUUUGGUGGAACAAAAAAAUGUCCAAUUCCUUCGAUCCCAUAGGGUCAUUAAAAAUGCAGAUAAAGCUCAAUUGAAUGCAAUGCGAGGUGUUGGCAUGGGAACUAGCCAAAUUAUGGAUUACAUGGUGCAACAAUCAGGUGGAUAUAAAAAUGUUGGCUUCACAAAAAAAGAUCUAUAUAACCAUGUUGAUGCUGAUCGUAGAGUUCAUCUAAGAGAUGGUGAUGCAGAGGGUGCUCUGGCGUAUUUGUGUGGAAAGUCUGAAAUGGAUCCAUCAUUUUAUUACAAGUACAAUGUUGAUGAAGACAACCGUCUAGCAAACCUGUUUUGGGCAGAUUCUACUAGUAAAUUGGAUUACAGUUAUUUUGGAGAUGUGUUAGCAUUUGAUACAACUUAUCAGACUAAUGCUUAUAAAAAACCGUUGGUCAUACUAGUUGGCAUUAACCAUCACCAUCAAACUAUAGUGUUUGGAUGUGCAUUAUUGGUAGAUGAGAGUGUUAGCACUUAUACUUGGGUCUUGGAGACUUUUUUGGAUGCAAUGAAUAACAAGAAGCCUCUUUCUGUUAUUACUGAUGGGGAUAAAGCAAUGCGUAAAGCCAUCAAGAGGAUAUUUCCAGACUCUUGCACUGUUGAAGAAUUUGAAUGUGCAUGGAAUGACAUGUUGGAAAUGUUUAAUCUUCAUGGACAUAAGUGGGUGACAGAUAUAUAUGCUAAGCGUUCUAGAUGGGCAGAGGCUUAUUUAAGGGGACAUUUCUUUGCUGGUAUGAAAAACACACAAAGGUGUGAGAGCAUGAAUGCAUACUUGAAUCGUUUCCUUAAAACUCGUUUGAAGCUGUUUGAGUUUGUCAAGCAUUUUGAUAGAGCACUCUCACGUAUUCGUCAUAAUAAGGCAAAGGCAGAGUUUGAGACACACCAUUCUUCAGCUGUUCUAACAACCAAACUCUAUGCACUUGAGAAAUAUGCAGGGACUGUUUUCACAAGGCAAUGUUUUCUAAAAUUUAGGGAUGGGAUGAAGAAUGCAGAAUUGUUUUUCCCUGUCAGUACAGAAAAUCAUGGAGGUUAUCGUGUCCAUACAUUGACCAAGUUUAGAAGCCCUGACAAGAUUUGGAAAUUGGUUUUCCAUGUCCCCACAUGA